AUGAGUCGAAAGAGAGCUGCUGAAGAGGAAGUUAUAUCAAGUCAAAGGUAUACUAGAAUUAGGUUAGCAUCUCCUUCACCAGAUAAAUCUAGUGGUUCUGAUACAGAAUCUAUAAGAAGUUGUCAAGGCUAUGAAACUGAAUUUGUUAAAGACACUAGUGACACUUCAUCUUCUUCCCCAAUUUUUAAUGUAGAAUAUGAAGUAACCGAUUUAGAAGAAAGAAGAGAAAAUUAUUAUUUUUCUGAAGAAACUGAUGAUAGUGAAAUUGCUGUAGCAGAAAUAGACAAUCAUAUAUAUUCCCUAGCUUAUGACAGUUUAGAUCUUGCAUUGCUCGGUGAUAAAUCUGAAGAAAAUUCAACUUCCCCUACUAGUAAUUCGGAUGUUGAUCCUGGAUUACCUAGAAAUGACUAUUUAGAUUUUGAAAAGUGUUUACUUUGUCAAACAGAUAAAAAAGACAUUAGUUAUCCAUAUUGUUCGGCAUGUUUCACUUGGAAAAAAAAUCUAUUUCCCAGCAGACCAAAAAAACGUCAAAAAAUUAUAAGAAAAGAAAAUUCAAGUCAAAAUUUAUCAUCGAAAACUGAGGAAAGUACAAAUUCGCAAGGCGACAGCAAAACAGAGAAUGAAAGUAGUAGCAUAGAAGCAGAAAAUUAUCAAGGGAAUAGCAAUUUGAGUCAAGAAUACUUAGAAGACAGUGGUAUGGGUAGUUCUGGACCUCAAAUAUCUGAAGAUGUUGUCGAUGGACCAAUCGGAGGACCUUCUACAUCACUUCCAUCGACAUCUAAUUCGAGAAAACUUACAUUGGAUAUGUGUAGGGUGUGCUUCAUAAAACCUGAAAAUGGAUUAUUUAUGCAUUUAAAAAUGGCUCAUGUUUAUGGGUGUUACACUUGUGCCAAAAAAAUUUGGUAUCAUAGUGGUGGCUGUCCAAUAUGUCGUAGGAAAAUUUGUAAAGUCGUAACUUUGACUGUUUUUUUUUAUAAAAUAAUUGGGAAACUAUAUUUAUUUUUGUUAUACAAUCACAAUUUAAUCAUAAGCAUAGGUUUUGGUAAUCAAUAA